AUGCCUGACACAGGCGGGCAUCCAGGAGUUCCUGAACAAGAGCUCACCGAGAUCAACUGUAAAGAUGUCACUUGUAUUCAGGAUGACUGGGACGUGGAAGAGUUUGUCUCGAAAACAUGCAUGGGGAUGUUCCUCCAUCAUCCAGCCUUCAAGCUCUUGCUGGCCAGCUUCAUCAUUCUGAAUGCCAUUAUUAUCGCUGUGCGAACAGACCCAGCAUUAGAAGAGAAAUACUUUGAGUUGUUCUCUGCGAUCGAUACUAUUGUCCUGGCUUUCCUCCUCUGUGACGUAUUUCUUAGCUGGUAUUACAGUUUCUUCUUGUACUGGAAGGAUGGCUGGAAUAUCUUCAACUUUUUUAUCGUGCUGUUUCUGUUUUUUGGCCUGAUCUUUAUUGCCCUGAAUGACACGACACUUAUCCACAUGCUCAGAGUCAUGAGACUGAUGCAGGUUUGUACCUUGGUGAGCGGUCUGGCGCGGAUGAUCCAGGUGAUCCUGCAGUCCAUUCCUGACAUGGCUAACAUCAUGAUCCUGCUUUUUGCCAUCAUGCUGGUCUUCUCUGUAUUUGGUGUGACCCUUUUUGGAAGCCUUGUCCCAAAGCAUUUUGGGAAUCUGGGGACUGCUUUGUACUCUCUGUUCAUCUGCAUAACGCAGGAUGGGUGGAUUAACAUAUACGAUGACUUUGAAAAUGAAGGUCUUGCCUUGGAGAUAGGCGGGGCCCUCUACUUCUUUAUCUUCAUCACAUUUGGGGCCUUCAUCUUUGCAAAUCUACUUGUGGCUGUGGUAACAACAAACCUAGAGCAGUCUGUAACUGCAUACAAUGAGAAGCAAAUGCAAGCUCGGGUUCCUUACGUGCUUGCAGACACUGGACUUGAUGACGGCAUCGAAGAUGAUUUCCCCCCAGGUCAGCAAGAACCUUGGCAUGUAAAAGAGGUCAUGCGUGGUACAUCAAUGGUUCAUCACCAGGAGUUGCUUGGCUUUGGUAACUUAGGCAACCUGAAUGAUGCCACCUGUGAAGAACUCUGCAUUGUCCUGGAAGCAAUCCACGAGAACCUUAAGGAAUACCGCGUGAUCCGGGAUGAGCUUGAUGUAAUAAUCAAAGAGGUGAGGUCCAUCAAAUUUAACGUAGAGCAAGAACAAGAGAUUGUUUUGCGAAACAUCCGUGGGACCAACAUCUCGGAGACCGUGCUUAACACAGAUGGCAUCCAAGGCAAGCCUGGCGACAUCCUGUCUACGUUGAUGAAUCUUGAUAAGAUGAACAUUGACUCGGAAUACCAAAAGGGCGCUGUGAAAUUAGCAGCCAUGAGAGCACGGCGACAAUCGUUGGCAUCAGGACCUCCAGCAAAAGGUCCAGUUCAUCAGUCGAGUUUGGUAAGACUGUAG